GUUAUGUAUUUUUUCUGCAAUGUUGCCAUCUUCAUAUCCUGCAUGAUUCACCAAAGAAAGCAUUUUAUUGUUUACAUGUAAGUGACAAACGCUAAAAUCUAUUUAUGUUCAAAACGAACUAGCAGAUAGAAAAAUUCGCUUGAAACAAGAAUAUUUACCGGUAUAUUAACCAAUGUACGCAAAAUCAUGACACGAGCCUUGUUCACAGAACAAUGAAUUGCGAGCUCUGUAUCUUGCUUAUAACUGACUGGCACUCAAAUUUAGGUUAUCAUUUGAAAAAACUGAAAACAAUAAAAAACGAGAGAAAAAAAAUGUCAAAAUCGUCACCAAAUGCAUGCCCCUUUAGUGAAUCUGCAGAAAAUUUAUCUUUAGAAAAAUGAGAAGAUUGUUGCAUACCAACUAUUCAAAAUCUGUUUUUAAAAAAAUACGCUAACUGAAAAUUUUACAGCAUUUUUAAUUCAAUACAAGACUUAUAUUGAGGAGUUUUAAAAACAACCUUUUUAAAAUUACUGAUGCAGUAAUGACGCAUGCAUCAGAUAGAAGGCUUAGUACACCAACGUUAAUUAUAGCUUUACUCUUGAGGGAAUGGGGGGGGGGGGUGACAAAUAUAUGACCAAUAUGCCCGUGUGAGUAACAACAAUUCAUUCCGGUAGUUUGUUGUUUUUAGUUUUUUUGAAUAAUUUAAUAUGUCGCCAAUAUUACUUGAUUUUACUGGGCAGGCUGGCCACGAGUGAACUCAGGGUCAUGACUUAGUGACAAUGAAUUACUUCAGCUAUAGGGUAUGUCAGAUAGGUUACACAUAUCUUGCUAUCAUACAUGUACAAAGUUGUCGCUCUUUACCUGAGAAACAGAUAAUUUUGAUUAAUAAUUUUUUUAAUACAAAUCAUAUUUAUGGCCAAAAAAUGCAUUAAUGAAAUUACACACAACACUACUGUUUUUAAACAAAAUUCAAAAACAACAACGAUGAAAUGAAUAAACGAUUUAUAAAUAGCUGGUGAUAUCAAUUGUUUACACAUCAGUUGUAUCACCGGAAACAAGUGCAAGUAUGCCCUUCCCGCCAAAGUUAUCUCUAAAAAUAUUGAUUCAACUCUUAAAUUUUAACAAAUUGUUGUAAAUGUUAUUGCUGAAAAUCCAAUUUACUUAUAAAUACAGUUUAAACUCCCGAAAAUACAUCUUAUUUCAUUGAUUACGAAAUGGAUGAGUAGACUUGUGCGUGAGUUGAGACAGGUGGUAAAGAGAAAGUCAGUUCGUCACCCGGAACAGCGCGUCAACAUCACCAAUAAAUUAAAAGUGAAAGACCAAAAUGUGACCCUAUCACAUGUGGUCUCUCAUAUGUACUAUAUAUAAUGAAUCGAUAAAACUUAUUAUACAUUUACAAUAUUAUUUUUUGAUAUAAUUCUGAGCGAUAUUUUCAAGAGAAAUACGAUGGUUUUAGAUGAGCCUAACACUCCCAUCAGGGCAGACUAUGAAUACACUCUGUUUGUUGUUAUGAUGACGUCAUUUGCCGUGUGUGGUGCGGUGGGGAACAUUCUUAUUAUCGCAAUUUAUUUUGUCAAUACCCAGGCUUUCGCGGUCCGUAAGUACAUUUUAACUCUGUCUGUUGUGGACUUGAUCAUUUGUGUCAUACUCAUUCCUUAUACAAUUUUGUUUGAGUUCAAUCUGGUCAGCGAUGACGUCAGUUGCCAUGGAAUGGAGGUGAUACGUCAUUCAUUGGUCAUAUUUUCGAAUUCAAUUUUACUUUUGAUCGCUGGAGAACGCUUACUGAUGGUAUGGAAACCAAUGGAGAGAAAAGUAAACGAGAAGAUAAAAACUGGGCUUAUUCUAGCCCUGUUGUUGGUCUCCGUCAUUUCCUCCAUUCCAGCAGCCAUGAUAUUUGAGGUAAAAUCACACAGCCACAGGGAGUCCGCCGAAAAUGCAAAAAAUACGAAAAACAGCACCAUUGAAAUGGUGAAUGAAACCGCCACCCCAGAGUACUGUCGAUACACGUCGUCCAUUCUAGGGAAGACCGGAAGUGGAAUAUACCGAGACUUCCUCUCAUUCCUGUUUUCAGCGGAACUCCUGCUGCUAGUUGUAUCGUAUAUAAUUGUGUAUGUCUUACUUUAUACCCAUAAAAAGCGACUCAGGCACUCAAUGUCCUUCAAUGGUGGUCACCCAAAGAGCAGUAUUACCAAGCGUGAGAAAGAGAAUAAUCCGUCUCCAUCAGAAAACAUUCCCAUGCGAGGCACACGAACAGAGUCCCGUUCCACACCAGAAAAUGACGCAGGAUCUACAACAGUUCAGAAAUUUUCGACGGCGUCACAUGGAAGUGGAAUGGAUGAAACUAGAAGGAGAGGGGGAGGCAGAAACUUGAGGAGACAGAACGGAGCCCCCAGGACGCAUGUUAGUAGAAAGACUUGGACCAUGCUGUUUGUCUGUACGUCUAUCUACGUCAUCUGUUGGAUCCCAUUCUUCCUUGCAGUGUUUAACGUGUGUGAUUUCCUGAUAUUCCGAUAUUUUUUCUUUCUCGGACACGCGACAAAUCCUAUAGUUUACAGCAUCGUGAACGACAAGGCCAGGAACGCCAUCAAAAGCUUACCUACAAAGAUCGCCCGGGCAUGUAACAAUUGUUUCACCAGAAACUAAAUGAGAAAACUUUCACAUUUACUCUAAAAUUUGAUAUUCCAUCUCUGAGGAAUUUUACUACCAUCUUUGUCAAUUCAAUUGCAUGUUGUUUUUUUGUUUUUGUUUUUUUUGUGUGUAAACCUAAUGUCAAAUAUAUGUAUACAUAUAUCAUAAAUAUUUGUCGGUUUUAAUAAUUGUUUUAAAAAAUUCCUUUGGGGGGGGGGGGGGGGGUAAUGUGGCCAAGUUGUCCAUUUCAAACAUGCAAAUGCGUUGAUUAACAACAUUGUGAGGGAAAAGAUAAUUUGUGAAUAAUAAUAAUAUAAUAUUGAAUGAAAAGAUACAUACAAAAUGUAACAAAUCUUCCAGUAAAAUGAAGAACCGGUACAGUUUUAAAACAAUUUAAAAAUAAGAUAUCCCAAAUGGUAUUUCAAUAUGGUCAUAUUCACUUCCAACGUUUUCCUAGUUUUUCACGCAGUUAGUACAAAUGGCUCCUCGUAUAUUGAUAGAUAUAUUUGUCUUGAUUUACCGGUAAAUCUCACAAACAGAACUGAUUUUAUCUAUCCGCAUGCUCAAAAAUAAGGGACGUAAACUUCAGGCACGCAGCAUCAGUACAUACGCACCCCCCCCCCCAAUUUUAUCGCAGCAAGCAAUGAUAUUACUUACCUGUAUAUUUACAUAUAAAAACUGAAUAAAGAUGUACAUGUAGUUGCCCCAACCCCACAUUUUGGCUAGUACGAAAAUAUAAAGGUAGUAAAAUUAACAAAAAUAAUAUUGAAAUUUGAGUUAAUUUAAUGGUUACAAUUAUUCGUGGUAUUUGCGCGAAUCGCGUACCGUAUUUUUUACCUGUGUUUAUUCUAUUUAUAGAGUUAUUAUUCAGCGCAAAUUCCUUUUUUUUUUUUUAGAUUAUGUCUCUUAAAACUUAUUAAAAAUAUCUUUUGAACAUUUAUCUAGUUGUUUUCUAUUUUAUUACGAUAAUCAACAAAGUGAGACUAAUUUGUGAAAUUAUUUAUUUACUUAUUUUAAACUAAUUUUUACAAGUUUAUACGGAGUCUCGCUUCGCUGACGCCCUUGAGAGUGUUCAAGUGUGAAACGUGUGAGUGAUACCUUGCAUUAUUUACAGUAAGAGAGUUAUUUUCAUGUUUGAAAUAUCUAUUCAUUUGUAUUUUAUUAAAUUCACAGUAAUUUAAAUAUCCUUUAUGUGAGAAUAAUAAAAUUGUUUAAUAUACAGACAGCUUUUAUAAAAUGUAUUAGCAUUUUUGAGAUAACUUUGUUUGU